GUCGACUUCGACGGCGGUGCCGAUGAUACGGGGUGAUGCUCUUAGUGGACGUACAUCUCGUACCCAAGGGCUGACACCUCACAUCGCUCUGGCACCACCAUCACCAGCGUGAGCCAGAUUAUUUUGUCAACUGAUUUUUUUAUCACCCGUCAGCUCACAGCCGACAAAAUUUACUCUCGAAAUUUAUUUACUUUUUGAACUACAUCGAGUUUGCAUUGCAAUUUUUAGUGAACUAAUUAGUGCUAUCGAAAUUUAAAAAAAAAAAAAAAAAAAAAGAAACUGUGGAGUGAAAAAAUUAAUUUUUUGACUGAAUAAUUUUUUCACUCAAUUUUGUAAUUAUUAUUUUAUUGUUACAAACUUUGUUGUUAUUAUUGUUGGCUCAUUACUUUUUUAAGACUUGAAGAAUAAAAAAAAAAAAAAAAAUAUUUCGUAGUCGCGAACGCGCGCCGAGUUUAGUGUAUUGAUCGAGCGCCAUAUUAGUCGCGGAGUUUUCUCCUUCGAGGGUGCGUGGCGACGAACUUGGUUUCAUUGGUGUAGUCGCUUAUUGGCCAGUGGCUGUUAAGACGACGGACGUAAAAACACAAAAACAGUAGUCUAGAUAAUUUAAAAAAGUAAAAACUCUAGAAUAAGUUUUGUCUUCGCGGUAAUUAGUAGUAGUAAUUAUAAUUAGAGUGAUAAAAUAGUGAAAAAAAAAGUAAGUGAAGGCAUCAGGCUGGGAGGUCGUUUGAGUGAAGUUGUGGGUCCCGUCGUGGAGGAGGCCAUUGAGCCAGGGGAUGCGACCCCGCUGACGGGACCCGUUAGGGAGGUCUCAAUACCUCGAGCACCUCCGCCACCCCCGCGAAUCACGACCCCGAGUCCUCCGCGACCUCCACCUCCGCCGCCACCGCCUCAGCAAACUCAAGCCAAAGUCCAAAUCCAGAGCCAGCCCCAGCAGCAGCAGUUGCACCAACUUCAGGUCCAUCUGCAUCCGAACCCAACGGAGACCCACCAGACGGUGAUCAGCCAGACGACAACGGGACUGACGCUGACUAAAAGCCACAGUUCGGUUCAAAUAAACCACCAGCCCCAGCUUCUACAUCAGAACAGCGAGCCGACGAGCAACAUCGUCACCAUGGGCACUGUCCUGUCCUUCAGCCCCAAGGAGAGACGGAACUCAUCCGUCUAUCCGCCGAUUGGGAGCCAGCAUCCCAAUGAUUUCACUCUCAACAAUUUUAAUUACGAGCAGCUCAAUAACGCGAAAAAUAGGGAAAAUAAAAAUGUUGCUGCGGUCGCACCAGCGCCUGCUAAUACGAACAACAAUCCGCAGACGAAUAACAACUCGCUGCAAAAUAAUAACAUUAAUUUGAAUAAUGACAGCGCGAGAAUCAUUUCGGAAAAAAAUGCGCUGGAGAAAAAUCUCAAGAAACACUCGCUGUUUAUCAACGCGCUCUCCUGGAAGCGGUUUAGCACCACCAAUAACAACAAGAAGAAGCUCGAUAACAACAAAAAUAAAAAUAUUACUUUCAGGCAGCCGCUUGAUAACAUUCCUAUUGUUGACAAGAACAAAAAUAUCCAGACGCCGCAGACAAAAGCCCCGGCGUCAAACAACAAUCACACGACGCACAAUUUAAAAUGUGAAAAAAUAUCAGAAAGGCCACAGCCGGCAGGACCAAGGAAAACAGUAAUCCAGGCAUCGACAUCCGAAUUACUGAGGUGCCUUGGAGUUUACUUGCAUGGAAAAUGCACAAGGCUCAGAGAUUUUCAAGCUGGGGAUGCAGUCAUGUGGCUGAGAACCGUAGACAGGAGUUUGCUACUUCAAGGCUGGCAGGAUGUUGCGUUCAUCAAUCCAGCAAAUGUGGUCUUUGUCUACAUGCUGGUACGCGAACUGGUGGACGGGGACGAGGCUUCGGAACGUGAGUUACAAGCCACGGUAUUGACGUGUUUGUAUUUGAGCUACAGCUAUAUGGGAAAUGAAAUAAGCUACCCGUUGAAACCGUUUUUGGUGGAAGACAGCAAAGACAAAUUCUGGGAUCGGUGUCUGCUGAUUGUUAACCGACUGAGCUCCAAAAUGCUGCGCAUCAACAGCGAGCCCGGAUUCUUCACGGAGAUUUUCACCGAGCUCAAGGUAUAUGACACCCCCUGGAGGCGUCCGUCACUGAACAUGGGUCUAUAAAAUCAAACCGGCUUGCUUGCGGAAUCGGGGAACGCGGGAGUCUUACUGGAAGUGGUCUCGAGCGAAGUCUCGUCGUCUCCGGAGUCGCAGUUCCAACCAAGGCAGCUUGACAAAGCUACAGAGAAUUCUUGGACCGCAUCACCAGAAACGAAUGGG